UUUUCGGAUGAGGAAGUAUAAAUUCAUGAAAUUGAACUGCGGUAUUCUAAAGGUUCGAAAUUUCUACCACUAGGUGUCAUCACAAGAAAAGCGUCAAAAAAUACUCGAGUAAAAUGCAAAAAUGCGGAAUUGGGAGUCAUGGUAUACUUAUUUACCAAUUUUCCUAAUCAAGUGCGCAUAAUUAUUUUCAUUUCACGACGCACUAGGACUAGUCAAAUUACGUCUGCCAUCCUUGAUAUAAAAUUUGGCUUGAAGCAGCGCGAAAACAUGUUAAACAGCCUUCCGUGGGACUGGGAGUUGAAGAGCUGGGAAAGUGAAUGCGAAUAAAUUAAAUUUCCCGUGAUAUGACUGGCAGAAUGAUAUUUUUUUUAAUUUAAAAAACUGGAACAAAUUGUGAACCAGCAAAAUACCAUCAUACAUUCGAAUUUUACAGGAAAAUGUAGGACAAUUUGAAGGAGAUUCGGAAGUGAGGGGUUUCUCUUUAUUUUUUAAAAAAGAACGCAUUUGCGCUCUGGGGUGGGUUUUUCAAAUUAUUGUGUAAUUAGGUGACAUCUUUCACGAAAAGAAAAAAGACUGACGUAAAAUAACCAUUGUGCCAUGCAAUUCCACAUUUUAUCCACUGAUGUCUGCAUUUGAAUUCCCGCACUUUACCUACAGCGUUAUAUCGUCUGUUGUCAUUCUGCCAAUGGUUUCAAAUUUUUGAUCGAUUAAGCGUAGUUCUUUUCGUACAGGGAAUUUAUACUUAGCAAUUUCUUAAGUUUGGUUUACAAAAAUGGCAAACCAAAAUCCCUUUUCCGCCAUUGAACUUUUCACUUCUGCACUAAGGAGUAACAUAAUUCCCAAUCAAGAAUACUUACUGCAGGGAAGUGUUAUCGACUCGUCAGCUGAAGUUCUACAUAACCGAUUGCGUGGACUGUGUGAUGCUGCGGAGACUGGGCCAGAAACAUUUCACGAUCAUGAAAUGUGUUUCAGUUUAAAAGCCAGCAAUCCAGGAGGUACUCCUCAACAACAGCAGCCAUUCUUGCUACGAGUUCGGAGAGCUUUGGAUCACCCAGAGUAUCCAUGGCAAUUAAGAUAUUUGGGACAACCUGAACUUGGUGACAAGAAUCAGCCCACUGUUCUGAGAAGUUGCAUAGACAUUGCCUGUACCCCCAAUGUUGUGGAGUUUUUGUCCGAACUUGGUUGCCGGAUUGAAUUCGAAUACGUUCUAAAAGGAUAUCUAUUUAGGAAGGGUCGAAUGAAGGUGACCAUGUCGAAAAUAUUCCGGAUGGGUCAAGCCAAAUCGCCCGACAGUCUAGAAUCAGUGACCGGAAGUUACCUAGUAGAACUUUCUCUUUUGGCCCCAAGUGGACAGGAUGCCGUUGCUGAUGAAAUUAAAGUGUUUGCCGAACAACUCAGACCAUUAGUCCAUCUAGAAAAAAUCGACUACAGAAGAUUGCAGCAACCGUUUACAUAAGCCAAAAUGGAAGUGAAAACAAAAACGUCUUUGGGGGGUUUAUUAUCUGAAAAUGAUUUACGAAUACGACGAUGUGUUUCAGUAAUUACCGCCGUAUCCAAUUCCUUUAAUAAAUUCGAUUUAAGUCCG